AUGGCCGAUCCUCUAAAGAGCCGGGGCCGCGGAGACCUGCUUUGGUUCUUCAUGCUUCUGGGGACGCUGUGUGAAACAGCAGCGCAGAUCCGCUACUCCGUGCGGGAGGAGCUGGACAAAGGCUCCUUCGUGGGCAACAUCUCCAAGGACCUGGGACUGGAGCCCCGGGAGCUGGCGCAGCGCGGAGUCCGCAUCGUCUCCAGAGGUAGGACGCAGCUUUUCUCUCUCAACCCGCGGAGCGGCAGCCUGGUCACCGCGGACAGGAUCGACCGGGAGGAGCUCUGCGCCCAGAGCGCGCCGUGUCUGGUGAGCUUUAAUGUCUUGAUUGAGAAUAAAAUGAAAAUUUACGGAGUAGAAGUGGAAAUCAUUGAUAUUAAUGAUAACUUCCCGCGAUUUAGGGAUGAGGAGUUAAAAGUCAAAGUCAAUGAAAAUGCAGCUGCAGGUACGCGGCUAGUGCUUCCCUUUGCGCGGGACGCGGAUGUGGGGGUGAACUCCCUCCAGAGUUACCAGCUCAGCUCCAAUCUGCACUUCUCUCUGGAUGUGAAGAGUGGACCUGAUGGGCAAAAGUACCCGGAGCUGGUGUUGGAACAGCCCCUGGACCGUGAGAAAGAGGCUACUCACAACCUCCUCCUCACAGCACUAGAUGGCGGGGACCCAGUCCAUUCCAGCACCACGCUUAUCCACGUGACCGUACUCGAUGCCAACGACAAUGCACCCCGAUUCAGCCGAAGCGAAUAUAGAGUGAGUGUUCCUGAGAACAUACCUGUGGGCACUCAACUACUCACGCUCACCGCCACCGAUGCCGAUGAGGGGAUAAAUGGGAAAGUGACCUACUCAUUUCGCAAUGAAGAAGACAAAAUUGCAGAGACCUUCCAACUUGAUUCCUACCUGGGGGAAAUCUCAACUGUGCAUUCACUGGACUAUGAGGAAACGGGAUUCUACCUCAUGGAAGUGGUGGCUCAGGAUGGAGGGGCUCUUCUCGCCAGCGCUAAGGUACUGGUCACAGUACAGGAUGUGAAUGACAAUGCCCCAGAAGUGAUACUCACCUCUCUCACCAGUUCAGUAUCUGAGGACUGUCUACCUGGAACCAUAAUUGCGCUCUUCAGCGUGCAUGAUGGUGAUUCUGGAAAGAAUGGGGAGGUUUCGUGUUCUAUUCCUGGGAACUUGCCUUUUAAAUUGGAAAAGUCAGUUGAUAAUUAUUAUCAUCUAGUAACAACAAGAUCGUUGGACAGAGAAGAGACUUCAGAGUAUAACAUCACAGUAACUGUUAUUGAUGGUGGGACACCACCCUUAUCUACAGAAAACCACAUCUCCCUGAAAGUAGCAGACAUCAAUGACAAUCCACCUGCCUUUUCUCAUGACUCCUACUCUAUCUCCAUCCCAGAAAACAACCUCAGAGGUGUCUCCAUCUUCUCUGUGACUGCUUAUGACCAAGACAGUGGUGACUUUGCCCAAGUCACUUACUCCCUGGCUGAAUACACAUUUCAGGAAGCUCCUGUGUCAUCCUAUGUCUCCAUUAACUCGGACACUGGUGUCCUGUAUGCACUGCAGUCCUUCGAUUAUGAGCAGAUAAGAGAGUUGAAGUUACUGGUGACAGCCAGGGACAGUGGGAGCCCUCCACUCAGCACCAAUGUGUCAGUGAGCUUAUUUGUUACUGACCAGAAUGAUAACAUCCCAGAGAUUCUGUACCCAACCCUUCCUACUGAUGGUUCCACUGGUGUAGAGCUGGCACCUCGCUCUGCAGAGCCAGGAUACCUGGUGACCAAGGUAGUAGCAGUGGACAGAGACUCAGGACAGAAUGCCUGGCUGUCCUACCGCCUGCUCAAGGCCAGUGAGCCAGGGCUUUUCACAGUGGGUCUACACACAGGUGAGGUGCGCACAGCAAGGGCCCUGCUGGACAGAGAUGUGGUUAAGCAGAGCCUCGUGGUGGUUGUCCAGGAUCAUGGCCAGCCGCCACUCUCAGCCUCUGUUACACUCACUGUGGCUGUGGCAGACAGUAUCCCUGAUGUCCUGGCUGACUUGGGCAGCAUCAACACCUCCAGUGACCCUCAGGAUUCAGACCUCACUCUCUAUCUAGUGGUGGCAGUGGCCACUGUCUCCUGUGUUUUCUUGGCCUUUGUUAUUGUGCUGCUGGCUCUCAGGCUGAGGCGCUGGUAUAUGUCACGCCUGCUUCAGUCUUCAAGAGACAGGUUGGCUAGCAGGCCAAAUUCCCACUUUGUGGGUAUGGAUGGGGUCCAGGCUUUCCUGCAGGCCUACUCCCAUGAAGUCUCCCUCACCACUGACUCUAGAAAGAGCCACCUGAUCUUCCCCCAGCCCAACUAUGCUGACAGGCUUAUUAAUGAGGAGAGCUGUGAGAAAAGUGAGCCUCUUCUCAUAGCUGAUAAGAUGGAUGCAAACAAAGAAGACCCUGGAGAUGUUCAGGUCAGUUUUCUCUUUUGA